GGCCAAGGGUGCGCGCGGCGGGAGCGCGCGAGCGAGGAGGCGCGGCACCGGCCUAGGGCACCGCGAGGCGCGGGGACAGGGACGUGGCAGCGCCCCGCGCAGCAGAAAGUUCCCUGGGAAGUUCCGCGCGACACGGCGCGGGAGCGGCAGGCGGGACCAUGAACGUGUUCCGAAUCCUCGGGGACCUGAGCCAUCUCCUGGCCAUGAUCUUGCUCCUGGUGAAGAUCUGGAGGUCCAAGAGCUGCGCCGGCAUCUCUGGGAAGAGCCAGAUUCUUUUCGCUUUGGUCUUCACCACCAGGUACCUGGACCUCUUCUCGAACUUCAUCUCCAUCUACAACACAGUGAUGAAGGUGGUUUUCCUCCUCUGUGCCUAUGUCACAGUGUACAUGAUCUAUUGUAAGUUCCGGAAAACGUUUGACAUUGAAAAUGACACAUUCCGGCUGGAGUUCCUCCUGGUCCCAGUGACUGGCCUUUCCUUCCUGGUGAACUACAGUUAUGCACCGAUGGAGGUCCUCUGGACCUUCUCCAUCUAUCUGGAGUCAGUGGCUAUCCUGCCACAGCUCUUCAUGAUCAGCAAGACUGGAGAGGCUGAGACCAUCACCACUCACUACCUGUUCUUCCUGGGGCUCUAUCGACUGCUCUAUCUGGCCAACUGGAUCAGACGGUACCAGACAGAGAACUUCUAUGACCAGAUCUCAGUGGUGUCUGGAGUUGUACAAACCAUCUUUUACUGUGACUUCUUCUACUUGUAUGUGACCAAAGUCCUUAAAGGAAAGAAACUAAGUCUACCAAUGCCAGUCUGAAGAGCCAGGCCACCCCUAAGACAGCUAGAGCACCAUCUGGUCACUCCUUGAUGGCCUCAAGCCAAGACUUGGAACUUAAUGUUAAAAUGGCUGGUGUAAAUUUGAGCAAAGCACCAUCUCAACAUCAAUGGAGCACCCGUUACACCAUUGUGUUUACAAUGGAAUACCUGGCCCAUCUGCCCACGUAUGGUGCCCUACACUGAAUGGCAAGUGAGAAGCAUAAGAUACCUCCUCCACAAGACUCAACUCUUGCUUCUUUAGGACUACAGUAGAAGACUCAUGUCCAGGAAUGGGACAACCCAUUCCAAGACCCUCCCAGGCCAGAGUGUUGAACUGCAGAGCCGUGCCCAUGGGCCAUGUCUGUUGUGAGCAGUCCAAAUAACCAGCUCAGCUAAGCGCUUAGGACUUCCGAUCUCACUUGCCAGCUGAGGAGGACACCAUGGCCAGUGUAACUCAAUUCUGUGCCAAGAGCCACCAAUCUCACACCCUCUACUCCCAGUCUGAGGUGCUAACAGGAUGCCUAGUACACUCAACCUCCAAACAUUAGCUGCUUGGAGGAAAACAUUAGGACUACACUUAAACUCUUUAAGUUUUAAUGUAAUAAAAAUUCCACACCUUUA